CCAGGUGAAUGCGCUGGCUUUCUGCUUCUGUAGCACUCUUCAAGUCUCAGCACAUACGUCAAAGAUGCAUCCCCAAAUCAAUCUACUCGCUUUACGAGACCAUGCCCCCAACUUCACCAUACCAGCACAACAAUGCACUUUGAACACCUGUUCCAUCAUUCAAGGACAGCUCCAGUACGAUCCAAGUCUUGCCGGCAAUGCUUUCUUCUUGGCUUUAUUUGCGUCUCUAUUGUCGACGCACAUCCUGCUCGGAACCUACUAUCGAACCUGGACAUACAGUGUCGGUUUAGUUUGCGGAUUGAUCCUGGAAUUAUGCGGAUACAUUGGUCGAGUGCAGAUGCACUUCAAUCCGUUCAUUCAGAGUCCCUUCUUCAUGUAUGUGAUAUCCCUCACAAUAGCACCUGUCUUCCUCUGCGCAAGCAUUUAUGUCUGCUUCAACCGCCUUAUCAUUAUUUUUGGAACGCAACUGGCUCGACUCAAAGGACGAGCUCUCGUAAGCCUCUUCAUUGCGUCUGACUUCUUAUCGUUGUUGUUGCAAACUGGUGGAGGAGCGAUAGCAGUGAUCGCAGACACAGAAAGCUUCGAGUAUGUUGGGAUACAUCUCAUGAUGGCUGGGCUCGCAUUGCAGGUCGCCAGCCUAGUCAUCGUCUUGGCUCUGGCUGCGGACUUCGCGUUGAGAUACUGGAAGAAAUGCUACGAAUGGGACGAGAAGUUUGAAACCAUUCGCGAGAAGAAAUAUUUUCGAGGCUUUGUCUUCGGACUCCUACUGGCAACGGUGACUAUUCUAAUCAGAUCCAUUUUCAGGGUUGUGGAGCUUACAGGAGGGUUCCAUGGACGACUGUGGAACGACGAAGUGGCUUUUAUGUGUUUAGACGGAACUAUGGUGGCAACUGCAUACAUUUUCUUGACUGUUUUUCAUCCUGGAUUGGCUUUUCAUGGAAGAUGGGAAUUGGUGAAGAGAUCUUGA